CAUUGCUCUGCCCCAUGACCGAUCCCUUCUCCUCCUCCCUUCCUUCUUGGAUUUGUUGAGCCUGGUCUUGGAUCACAACAACGAAUCCGACAUGGGAGACGUGGAGGAGGAGAAGAACCCCGCCGUAGCCGCCGACGGAGGAAGAGAGAAGGAGCGGGAGGCGGCCGCGGUGGCAGUGGCGGGCGAGAGAGAGCACGACGUGGACGACCUGAUACGGGAGCUAAAGGUGAUCAUCGACUCCGUCGCGGCGUUCGGUGACUACCGCAGGACGCAGCGGAAGGAGUCCUUCAACUUGGUGCGGCGGAUGAAGCUGGUGACGCCGCUGCUGGAGGAGAUCCAGGAGCUCGAGGGUCCCAUCCCCGAUGCGGCCUACGCCCGCCUUUGCAGCCUCCUCAAGGCGUUCACGGCCGCCAAGAAGUUGCUGAGGUGCUGCCACGAUGGGAGCAAGAUAUAUCUGGCGUUGGAGGGUGAGGCGGUAAUGGGCAGAUUUCAUAUGGUCUAUGAGAAGUUGAAUCAUGCGUUGGAUGGCAUGCCAUACGAGGAGAUUGGCGUUUCAGAUGAAGUGAAGGAGCAAGUUGAGUUGAUGAGCGUGCAAUUGAGAAGGGCAAAGAGGAGGACGGAUACUCAAGACAUGGAGCUCGCUAUGGAUCUGAUGGUGGUGAUCUCUAAAAGGGAUGAUCGAAACGCGGAUGGAGCCAUCAUCGAAAGGCUAGCUAAGAAUCUGGAGCUGCAGACUCUCCCAGACCUGAGAGCAGAAACAAUGGCCAUCAAAAAGCUCAUCAAAGAAAGAUGCGGGCAAAAUGGCGAGAGCACCCAGCAGAUCAUCGACCUGCUCAACAAAUUCAAGCAGACCGCGGGCAUCGAAGAUACUAAUGGGUUGAGCGACGUCACAUUGCCUAAGUAUCUCGAGAAGUGUCCAUCUCUGAUGAUCCCCAAUGACUUCCUCUGCCCCAUAUCUCUGGAGAUCAUGAUGGAUCCCGUCAUCGUUGCGUCGGGGCAGACGUACGAACGACGAAGCAUACAGAUGUGGUUGGAGGCCGGUCAUCGGACGUGCCCGAAGACGAGACAAACUUUAGCUCACCUUUCGCUGGCUCCAAACUACGCGCUUCGGAACCUGAUCUUGCAGUGGUGCGAGAGGAACAAGGUGGAGUUGCUGAAACGGGAACCGGAACAGGACCCUGAUCAUUCCGAACGCAAGGAAGAGAUCCCUUCGUUGGUGGGCGACUUGUCCAGCAUUCAUCUCGACGCGCAACGGAGGGCGGUGAAGAAGCUGCGCAUGCUUUCUAAGGAGAAUCCCGACAACAGAGUUGCCAUCGCCAAGCACGGAGGGAUCCCUGCGCUGGUCAGCCUUCUGCCGUAUCCCGACUCCAAGAUCCAAGAACACACCGUCACAGCUCUGCUGAACUUGUCGAUCGACGAGGGGAACAAGCGGCUCAUAGCCAAGGAGGGCGCGAUUCCCUUGAUAAUCGAGAUCUUGAAGAGCGGCACUGUGGAGGCGCAGGAGAACUCAGCCGCGGCCUUGUUCAGUCUGUCGAUGCUGGACGAGAACAAGGUGACGAUAGGAAGUAUGAACGGCAUCCCGCCACUGGUGAACCUUCUGCAGAACGGGACCAUAAGAGGGAAGAAAGAUGCGGCCACUGCUCUCUUCAACUUGGUUCUGAACCACAGAAACAAAGCGAGAGCCAUCGAAGCCGGAGUCGUGGCUCCCCUACGCCAAGUGUUGGAUGACAAGAACCUCGGCAUGGUCGAUGAGGCCCUCUCCAUCUUCCUUCUCCUGGCAUCACACCCCGACGGGCGGGCCGCCAUUGGGCAGCUCCCGUUCAUCGAAGCUCUCGUGCGGUUGAUAAAGGAUGGCACCCCCAAGAACAGGGAAUGCGCACUCUCCGUGCUGCUUGAGUUGGGAUCGCACGGUUCUUCCUUCCUGUUGGCCGCACUGCAGUUUGGGGUGUACGAUCAUGUCCGCGAGGUGGAGAAGAGUGGAACCAACCGAGGACAGAGGAAGGCCAAAUCCCUCUUGCAGCUCAUGCGCAAGUGCGAGCACGUUUAGCGACUGCUUGAGUUAUCCCAAGCUUUAUUAUCCUAUGAGAAGCAUCAACAAGGAAAAGCUACUUCUACACUUUGAUCUAAAAUUUGCAUGGUGUAUGAUGGAACUUGAUGCUUUAAGAAGUUGCAAGUGUC